CAUUCCUUUUCUUCCAUAGGUAUCCAUCCUAAUAUGUUUAACAUGUUCAGUAUACCAUCCUGAAUAUAUCCUUGAAAACUAUAGCAUGGUUUGGGUACAGUAUUUCUCAAAUUCUGAGGCCUGCAGAAUUCACAGAUUGAGAUCUGGUAUUAAUUUCAGACAGAAACCUUCAGUAAUGUUCUUUUAUAUUCCUUUUAGAUGUAGCCUUCUGUAAUGGAAGAUGAUUGAAGACAAGGGGCCUCGUGUUGCUGACUACUUUGUUGUAGCAGGAUUAACUGAUGUUUCAAAGCCUCUUGAAGAAGAAAUUCACUUCAAUGAUGCCUGCCAUAAAGUAGCUAAACCAAAAGAACCUAUCACAGAUGUUUCAGUUAUCAUCAAAUCUCUUGGGGAGGAAGUGCCACGGGAUUAUAUAUGUAUCGACAUUACUCCAACUGGAUUGUCAGCAGAUCUCAAUAAUGGAAGUCUUGUGGGGCCCCAGAUUUACCUUUGCUAUCGAAGAGGAAGAGAUAAACCUCCACUUACAGAUCUGGGGGUUUUAUAUGACUGGAAAGAAAGAUUAAAACAGGGCUGUGAAAUUAUUCAAAGUACUCCCUAUGGGCGCCCUGCAAAUAUUAGUGGCAGUACCUCAUCACAAAGGAUUUACAUCACUUACCGAAGAGCCUCUGAAAAUAUGACUCAGAAUACACUGGCUGUCACAGACAUAUGUAUUAUUAUACCCAGUAAAGGAGAAAGUCCACCACACACGUUCUGCAAAGUUGACAAGAAUCUCAAUAAUAGUAUGUGGGGAUCUGCAGUGUACUUAUGUUAUAAAAAAUCGGUGGCAAAGUCUAACACUAUAUCUUACAAAGCUGGUCUAAUUUGUAGAUAUCCUCAAGAAGAUUACGAAUCAUUCUCACUACCAGAAUCUGUUCCCCUAUUUUGUUUACCAAUGGGUGCAACUAUUGAAUGUUGGCCACUAAAUAGCAAAUACCCUCUUCCUGUAUUUUCUACAUUUGUAUUAACUGGAGCCUCAGCUGAAAAGGUCUAUGGUGCUGCUAUUCAGUUUUAUGAACCAUACUCUGAGGAGAAUCUUACAGAAAAACAGAGACUUCUUUUGGGUUUAUCAUCAUUGUCAGAUGUGAAAUCUGAUAGUUCCAAAACAAUUCACACUAACAAAUGCAUCUGUCUUCUUUCUCACUGGCCUUUUUUUGAUGCAUUUAGGAAGUUUCUGACUUUUUUGUAUCGUUAUUCCAUCUCUGGACCUCAUGUCCUUCCAAUUGAGAAGCAUAUUUCUCAUUUUAUGCAUAAAGUUCCUUUUCCAUCUCCUCAAAGGCCACGGAUUUUAGUUCAGUUAUCACCACAUGAUAAUCUGAUUCUCAGCCAGCCUGUCUCUUCACCUCUUCCACUAAGUGGUGGCAAGUUUUCAACACUACUUCAGAAUCUGGGCCCUGAAAAUGCUGUCACACUAUUGGUGUUUGCAGUAACAGAACAUAAGAUUCUCAUACACUCUUUACGGCCUUCUGUGCUUACUAGUGUGACAGAAGCAUUAGUGUCUAUGAUUUUCCCUUUCCACUGGCCAUGCCCAUAUGUUCCUCUCUGCCCACUGGCUUUAGCAGAUGUCCUGAGUGCACCAUGUCCAUUCAUAGUAGGAAUUGAUUCAAGAUACUUUGAUCUGUAUGAUCCUCCACCAGAUGUCAGUUGUGUUGACCUAGAUACCAACACCAUUUCUCAAACUGGUGACAAGAAGAAUGUAGCCUGGAAGAUUCUUCCAAAAAAGCCAUGUAAAAAUCUGAUGAAUACGCUGAAUAAUUUGCACCAGCAGUUGGCAAAAUUGCAGCAGAGACCAAGAGAUGAUGGACUAAUGGAUUUAGCAAUGAAUGACUAUGAUUUUAAUUCUGGAAAAAGGUUGCACAUGAUAGAUUUGGAAAUCCAAGAGGCAUUUUUGUUUUUUAUGGCCUCUAUUUUAAAAGGUUAUAGAUCAUACUUAAGGCCAAUAACACAAGCUCCAUCUGAAACAGCAACAGAUGCAGCCUCUCUUUUUGCCCUGCAAGCUUUCCUAAGAAGUCGGGACAGAUCACAUCAAAAAUUCUAUAAUAUGAUGACCAAAACACAAAUGUUUAUUCGCUUCAUUGAGGAGUGUUCUUUUGUCAGUGAUAAAGAUGCAAGCCUGGCGUUUUUUGAUGAUUGUGUAGAUAAAGUGGACAUGGAUAAGAGUGGUGAGGUGCGACUUAUAGAACUGGAUGAAUCUUUCAAAAGUGAACAUACUGUUUUUGUAACACCACCCGAGAUCCCCCAUCUGCCCAAUGGUGAAGAGCCCCCCUUACAGUACAGCUAUAAUGGAUUUCCAGUUCUUAGGAACAAUUUAUUUGAGAGACCUGAAGGAUUUCUACAAACACAAAAAAACAAAUUGCCUUCAAAAUCAAGUAGUCCUAGUAGUCCUUCUCCCAUGUUCAGAAGAACAAAACAGGAAAUUAAAUCAGCCCAUAAAAUUGCCAAGAGGUAUUCUUCUGUCCCUCAAAUGUGGUCUAGGUGUCUUCUGCGUCACUGUUAUGGGCUAUGGUUUAUUUGUCUCCCAGCUUAUGUGAAAGUAUGUCAUUCCAAAGUCAGGGCUCUGAAAACAGCCUAUGAUGUGCUUAAAAAAAUGCAGUUGAAGAAGAUGGACCCACCUGAUGAGGUGUGCUACCGAAUUCUCAUGCAGCUCUGUGGGCAGUAUGAUCAGCCAGUGCUUGCAGUUCGAGUGCUUUUUGAGAUGCAGAAAGCUGGUAUUGACCCCAAUGCCAUCACAUACGGUUAUUACAAUAAGGCUGUUUUGGAAAGUACCUGGCCUUCAAGAAGUCAUAGUGGCUAUUUUCUCUGGACAAAAGUAAGAAAUGUUGUUUUAGGAGUAGCACAGUUCAAAAGAGCUUUAAAGAAGCGUGCACACUUACCACAAACAACUCUCUCAGGUAAUUUAAAGGUCUUUAAGGGAUGUAUAUGUUUUAUUUUUUCUUCAAAGUUAAUUAGCUGGUUAACAUUCUAUAAUUUUAGGAAUUUUAAAUACUUUUAAAAUAUUGAAUAUUUU